ACUUUCUAUACAUCUAUGAUAUUGUCACAACAGUCAUAUCAUGUCAAAUUUCAAGUCACCUUGACAUUUUUUAAAUUUUACAACAUUCGAGAAAAAAAUCAAAAUUAUUCCAGUUGAUUAUGACCCCAAGCAAUAGUGAUUCUGAUUUGGAUUUUUUCAAUAACGGUCAAAGAUGGUUUCCCAUCAUCCUAGAAAUUUUCAAAAGUUUGGUUAAUGAACUCACGGAAGAAGUACAUUUCAUGGAACAAUUCUUCAUCAAGAUGCAGGGCAUUUAUGCAUUUGUAUGUCAGGUUUGCUUCUUCAUUCUUUUUGACGCCUUACUUGAAGACAACGCGGACAUAGAAGACACCAAAGCCGACAGAAGCGUAGUGAUAGCACUGACCAGCAUACUCUUCUACUCAGUCUUCGCCUACUUCGUUUCCAGAGUGAGGGACAUACUGCAAAACAACAGACUAACGCCCAUACCGACCUUCCCUUCAACAAGACAGUACCUGCAGUGGAUCUGCAAAAUCAUACUAGAGUGGGCCAAGGCAGUGGUGAUAGUCUUCUGUCUCAGAGAACAAGGGAUGAACUACCAGCCAGGAGUCGUGUACAGCUUAGUGACUUUCCUUUAUUACAUCUGCUCCGAGAAGAUUUUCUUGAAGGUUUUUCCUGAGUUGGUCGAGAUGCUAAGCUUGGAUCUGCUUGAGAACUUGGAGCACUUGUACGUGCCCAUGGUGCUGAAUUUCGUGGCUAUUUCUGCCGGUACCAUCGUCACCAGCUACGUCUUGCUGCAGAGCUACUCCGGCUUCGUGUUGCUUUGUUUGUACUUCUUGGUGUACCUGAGGGUGAAAGACGUGUACCACAACAGCUGGAAGCUGCUGCGGACAGAGAGGGAGACCUACCGGAGCUUCAGGGUAGCCACUGUGGAGGAUAUAGAGAAUUGGGCGGACUUAUGCGCGGUGUGUUUGAAUACGAUGUCCAGUGCCAGGAUAACGCCAUGUAAUCAUCUGUUCCAUCCGCAUUGCUUGAAGCAGUGUCUGAGGAUUUCUUUGUUUUGUCCGCUGUGUAAGAGUCAUUUUGUCGCAUCUGAAGAACGGAAAUAAAAUGUUCAUUAUA